AGAACGCGCCCCUCGCAGAGUCAUGGUUUCCAUAAACGAAAGCGUGUGCGAAAGUGGAAUCUCCGACACGCCCGUCAAGGCCUUCGUCAACUGGGAUCCUCCUCGGGCGGUCUUUAGCCCGAUCAAGGCGUACGUCAUCCACUUCAUUACGGCGCAAGGCGUCGACAUCCAGAUUCGCGUCCCUCCCAACGAGACGCAGCAUUUCGUGGACUCCGUGGAAUGCUGGACCGCGUACAUACUCCGUGUGGAGGCCGUGUUUGAGUCCGGAGUGUCGGCUUUCUCUCGAGCAUUGUUCUACGCCACGGGAAACCAAGGGCACGACUUCAUGCCCCGUGACGUGAUCGCCAUCGAAGACCGCACGAGCUGUGAGGAGGGUGGCAAGUACGCCUUCGUAAACCUACGCUGGAGGCCAGCCCGGCUGGGAAACUUCAACGUGUCGGGCUACACCGUGACGGUCUACGCCGACAACGGCACGACGAAUUCCAUGCGUUUUGGAAAUGACACCAGGGUCCUCAAGUACGUCCCCAUCUACUGCGACGGCACAACGGUCAUCGGCGUCUCCGCCAGGACUCGCGUGAACCUGGGACUGUUCGACUACGAGAUGGGUGAAAUCAUCUUCCCAGCUGCAUACGUGGCAAUCUCCAUCGACACGGAGCCCUACAUUGUUCCUUCAAAGGAAACGACCACCACUGCCCCAUGCGUUACGAAAGGCAAGUCGACCGUCACUGAGAGACCAUCUUCAACCACCACUGAACGAAGCACCACGAAGGUGACCGCAACGACAAAGCCCAGCUCAGCAACCACUGUUGCAAGCACUGAACACAUCGCAACGACAACAGAACCUCACCACAGUAGCACGAUUUCGAAUAACGUGGAGCCCGUUUCAUCAGGUGUAUCCACUUCAACGAUCCUUUGCGCCGUCCUGAUUCCGUUGGCGGUCAUUGUAUUCGCUGGUCUCCUCUUUUUCGGCUACAAGAAGUUCAAGCAGUCUGGAGGGGAAGGCCUCUUGAGCGCCAGCGACAGCCCCUAAAGCAAUUCGCUAAAGCAGCGUACAUAAAGUACCUCUCGCCUGUGGGCUGCAGUAAAUGUUAUUAUCGAUAGAACAUAA